CAGUAGAACAUUAGCUUGUCAGACAGGAAGAACGAUUAUUACCCCACAGAGAAGCUGCAGUGCUUAUUGUAAGUCACAGGACCAGGACCAGGGUGCAGUUUCUCUAAAGACUGAGAAACUCAGCAGGAGAACAGCAAACUGUUAGAAUAUCAGGUCAUGGUGGAAACAGAGUAAAUAGUGAAAAAAGAGUUUGCUGUAAAUCACAUGUGCAGGGUGGAGCUUGUCUAUGCGAGGACUGAGAGGAAGGGGACAGCAGAACACCAGAUCUUUGGCAGCGUGAAACAUUAAGGUCUGUUCUGAUUAAAGGUAUCUCCAGGUUAACUGAACUAACUGAAGAGUCAUGAGUUUAAAAAAAAUGGCUGAGCCAAACAUGGGACAUAGCCCAGCUUCCCAGGCUCACUGGGGCUCAGUAAUGUGUCCACGAUGUCAAAAAGGCAUUCUUUCUUCUAUCGUAUUUAAUGCGGCGAUGAAUGUCCGUUGUCAUUUCCAACUGGAUCUGUUUAAACCAUGGAAAAAAAAUACAGCCUUCAGCAGCUUGAGCUUUACUCGUUCAGAACAGGAUGCUGUGAAACACAAGGACACAGUCGAGUGUCCACAUUGUGAAAAGUUUUUUUGGCUGUGUAUUGACUUUGAAAGUACUUACUCACCCCAAGAAUAUAAAGUUAACCUGUCCAUCACAACUCAGAAGGAUGAAAAUCAGGGAAGCCAAUCAAGCUGGAAGGGAUGGCCAGGGAUAACCUUUAUGCCAAUACCAAAGAGAGUGAAGGUUUUCUAUAUGUGCACUGGUCAGACGUUUGGUGCCGAUAAUGAAGUAAAGGAGCAAUUAGUAGAGAGAAAUUUGCCAUUUACUCGUGUGGAGGAAACAUCACUGGAAGACUGUUAUGUCAUCGUUCUCUUCUGUCCAAUCACAUCCCGGGUUGGAUCAGACGUGGAAUCAUGCAUGGCAAAUACAACAGUGUCUAUGUCGGGUAAACCAGUCAUUUUGGUUCUGAUGCACCACACCAGAGAUGAUGACUAUUCAACUGCAGGAAUCAGCUGGUCUGAAGUGUAUGAAAAUGUUAUGCUUGAUGUUCACCUUUUCUUCCAUGAGACUAAGCCAGGAUUGUUGGCAUGUAGACAAAAUGACGAGGCUUUUAGCAUUAUUACAAAUGAGUUAAAAAAGUGUUCCAAACUUUUUGGUUAACCCUACACAGAAACCAUGGCUCAGUGUGGGAGACUGGGGACAGUUGCAACAAGUUGUUUUCCUCCAAUCAGUAACUUGCUAGAUUGAUGACUUUCAGACUGUAUGUCCCCACCAACAGGACAGAAGAUAAAUUUAAAAUAAUUUUCUAAAUUUAUUGGAAAAAAAUCAGUUUUUGGGGUAUGAACGCUUUUUUUUCAUGUGGGGUAUUUUUGUCAUACUGUCCUGACAGCAUUAAUGUAUUAAAAUAAAUAAAUAAAUUCUUAGGUAGACUGAA